UGAACAGGCAGUUUAUCACGGCACACACUGCUGCACAUCAUCACACACGGCGCUACACACACAGCCUCACCUCUUCAUCUCUGAGAGCAAAGCAGCAAAAAAGCAAAGAUGACAAAAAUUAACGGAUGUCUAAAAUGUGUCUUCAUUUUCUUCAACGUGCUCUACGCAGUCCUUGGCUGUGUGCUGAUCUACGGGGUGAUUAAAGCCACCAUCCUCAGCGCACAGCUGUCGGCGUUUGGAACACCGGGCUUGGGUUGGGGUUGGGUGUUCGCCAUCGGCAUGCUCGGCGUCUCCUGUCUGGGAAUCUAUGCAGCAGCCUCAGAGAAAACCCUCUUCCUCAAAAUAUUCGCAGGCUUCAUGGGUGUUGGAAUGGUUAUCAUGCUGAUCUUUGGCAUUGUUGUUGUGGUCCAAAGGAACAAGGUAAAGGAGGUAUUUGACAUGGCUACCAGGGAGUCAGUUCAGCCUUACCUUGAAAGUGAGGAACUGCGGACAAUGCUUAUUGAGCUACAAGGAGCUGCCCAGUGCUGUGGAAUAUCCGGCGCCUCAGACUGGGGUGAUAACAUCCCUCAAUCCUGCGAGUGCAACAAACAGUAUGGAUAUACUCUUCUAUCAGCUCCAUGCAAAGACAAACCUCUGGGAACAAGCGGCCCGAACAAAAUCUGGGGACAGAGCUGCAAAGACUUCAUCUUUUCAUAUCUAGAAUUGGCCUUCAAAAUCUUCAUGGGGUUCUGCUUUGGAUUUGCAGUCACUGCACUGCUGGGCCUUCUGAUCACCCUGCUGAUGAUCCAUCAGGUCAACCGUCACGAUGGCAUGGGAGGACCGACCAUCGCCAUGAAGGGCUACUGAAGCCUCCCUUCCCUGACCUUAAACCUCUGCACUGUAAAUGGAGGACUCUGUCGUCAGUAUAUGACAUCUUCUUCUUCACUUCUUUUUUAACAAUGUUUAUGCCCUUUAAGAGCGCAACGAGGAGAGGAGGCAGGAUGACGAUGAGGCAUUCAACGGGAAGAUUUAUUCUUCCCCUCGAGCUUUUUAUUGUAGAAAAUGUCGCAAACCUUUAGUUUCUGUGAGUCGUUCUAUCUCUUAUGUGUUAUGUGAUGUAGUUUUAUAGUCACCGUGUGUAACAGAGACAUAUUGUAGGGAAAAGGCAUCUUUAAAUACAUCUGACUGCAGCUCUUUUAACCCGAGGAGGUCCUUAGAGAUUCGAUAUUCACCAUGUACCAUUUUGCAGCAUACACUGGUUACACUUGUGCCACAGUGACUCCUGUAAUCUGAUUGCAAUUUGAUCUAAAAACAGCCUUUUCUGAAUGCUUUUACCCCGCGUUUCCACUUGUAAUGAAAAAAUUGAAGUCUGUAUAUCUGUAAAUAUAUGUAUGGUACCCCCUAGUGUCCAGCGCAAGAUUCUCAUCAUAACCUUUUGACAGAAGCCUAAUAGAAAGUACCCGUAGCCACGAGGAGAGGAUAACUAUGUCUGUUUUUCACCCUUCAGUUGUAUGGAAAAGGACUUAAGUUUCUCACCAAGAAUUCAGGAAGUAGUUUGCUUGCCAGGAACGUAGCAUGCAUUGUGAAAUACUGAUGGAAAAGCUAAGCUAAGAUAGCUCUCCUAGCCAUUCAAAUGCUAGUUUUUAUCUUAACAUGCCUCUAAUUCUUCAUUAAAUACAUGAAUAUGCAGUGCAUUCAGGAAAGUUUUCAGACCCCCCCUUUGAUUUUGCAGUUUUGUUAUUUGCAACCUGACGCUGCAGAGGAAAAAUUUUAUUUUUAUUCUCAUUAAUCUAUAAUCAAUACCCCAUCAGGACAAAGCAAAAACAGAAUUUUAGAAUUUUUUGCAAACGAAUUAAAAAUAACAAACUGAAAUAUUACUUUUGCAUAUGUAUUUGGACUUUUUGCAGUAUGACAUUUUUGCGAGAAGUGAAAGGGGUCUGAAUACUUUCUGAAGGCACUGUAUUUCCAACUGCCAUGUUGAUCUGCAUGCAUUUUUACUGAUGAAUUGCGCAAUAUUUCAUGUCACACUGAUCAGUACGUGGUGUUUAAGUGUAUUUUACCAGAAUAAUGGCACAGAAUCACAGCGUGGUACUGCUAGAUCAAUACGCUCCUUUUCAAUCAUCACUGGACACCAACAUCGGCAAAUCUACAUCAAAUAUAACAUGGUGGAAAUUUGCAAAGAUGGAUGUGAUGGAGAUUCUGAUAGGAAUGAAUGGACUUCCAGUUGACUUAUGUACAUAACCAUGAAAACAGUGGAAACAAAAGGUUAGUGUCCUUAAGAGAAAUGCAAAAUGAUAUGACAUGACAGACCCCGUUUAUAGCCAUGAACCUGCUAUUUAAUGCAAAAAUGCACAAGAAACCUGCUCUGUUUUGGUAUUUUCAGCCUUAAUUGUUGCCUUCUCGGGUUAAAAGAUUGAGUCAGGGGACCAUGUAAGCUAUCUUUGUAUGUAGAAAUCAUAAUGCCAUUGUGUGUCCUUGUAAAGCACUUAAGUAAUGUUAAAACAGUCUUUGCACUUCUGAUGUACAUUAAGAGACAGUUUCCAUGAAGUAGACAAAGGGGAACCACUGAAGGUUAAAAAGCUUCAGCUAUUCAAUAAAACUAUUGCAAGUUGCAGGAGUCGUCUUGCAGUUUGCUUUAACUCCCAGCUCACUGAGUCGUGCAGCUUGAACGUCAUCUUUUCUCAGCGCAGGACCACUAACCAGGCUGCUAUAUCUGAUCAUACCUUUAAAAGCCAUAAGGGAAAAAAUAAAAGACAGGAACUCUUGUAUUAUGAAAUCUGCACUUGUAUCAUUUCAGAAUAAACUGAAUUACCCAGAA